AUGGCGGCAAGCACGCGCUGGCCGGACCCCGUUGAGUGCGCCACCUCUCUGGUGCUUGCCGACUACAGGUGGCUGCCCAGCUGCCGCCAUGGCGCCUUUCAGGCGCUCUUGGAGCAGGACGAUGGCAUCGCGUGCGUGUACUUCCUGGCUGAGGUGGAGCUCGCCAUCGCGGCGGCGUCUGCCGCCGAGGCCAACAACUGUGGUGGGGGAGGCGGCACCGCUUCACUCAGUCCCCGCGGGAAACCUUUGCCGCGCCGCACAACCCGCAGGCCAGGGUGGCCGGAUGACAGUCACAACGACGACGGUGGCACUGUGCAAGAGGCGUCGCCACGGCAGCAACACCCCGCGUGCACGACCCGGGCUGUUGUGAUGGUGACGUGGACGACGCUGUACCUUUGCGACACGGAGGCCAACCUGCUGCGCCGUGUGCCCGUGACGGAUGUGGCUGCCGUGGGCGUCAUUCAAGACGCGUGGGUGUGGGUGCGGCUGCGUGAGUCUCCGCUGGGUUCUGGCAUUGCCCGCGUCCCGAGUGGGGCGGACGUGCUCCUCCGCCUUGUGCCGGAGAAUGAGUCCCCGCUUGCGAUUCAGCGCGUCUUCCUGGGAAUUCUUUCCGCCGUCGCCGCCGGGAGCACCGUGGCCGCGGCGAGUGGGACGCUGCCCGCGUCUCCGCUGCCGGCCACAGGCUCGGACUUUGUGCGCGUCCACCGCGACUUUGGCCUCGUGCGGUUGCCGGCCGCCGCCCCACCGGCGUCGCCCCCGCCUGCGGAUAUGCCACGACUUCCGUACGCCGCGGUGUGGGCGGAGGUGGGUGACCCGCGCGGGCUCAUCGAGCACAUGCUCCCUUGCCACCAGCUCGCGUGCAGGCGCCCACCGCCAGUCCGCCGCAACGUGCCUGCGGACCCCACGGCCAGCCGGAGUGACGCGGCGCAGCGGCAUCCACGACCACCAGAGGCGUCGGGUCACUCGCCACGCGUUUUAUCUCCCUCGCCCUCCUGCUCCUCUCCCUUGGCGCCUUCUUGCCUCUUCGUGGCCGGGGACGAGGAGUCCGUGCGGGAAAAGGCCGCGACGCCUUCGGGUGCGGUGUCGCGGUGGUCAGGCCGCCGCCCCCUCCUCUCGCCGGCGCAAGUGGCGAAGGGCUUCCAUCACGGCGAGGGCGGUGGUUCGGCCCGCGGGAACACGCCAGCCACCCCACCGCGUGAGGCCAACCGCGCUGCUCCGGUAAUGUGGGAGGACUCCAUCGAGCGGAUGCUGCGGCACGACAAGUCCUGUGCUCCAGCUGGCAAGGAUUAUGUCCAUCACAUUGCCCGGGACCUCUUGCCGCGCACGGCAGCCCCUGCCUUGUCACUACCGAGGAGUAGAGAGAGGGGGGUUUCAUCUCUCACGCGUGGUCUCUCCAAUGAUGAGGGCGGAAGUGAGUCCAAGGCCGUUUCUCCUCUGGGCAUCGAUCCCCAUUCCUACCUUGAGCCUGCAGAGGCUUUCUUCAGUUGUCCGCCGCUGCGACUGUAA